GACAAAACAAGAGCCUAGACUUUUCCACCCAUGCAUGCACACUGAGUGCCCUCCCAUCACUUUGUGUCUAAAUGUUUUCCACCCAAUCCAAGGGUGGGGGGCUGGAAUGAAGAGCCUGAUCCAUCCUGCUUUUAUUUUUUUCCCCUCAUCCUUACAGCAGCUUUUGCAAUUGGAAGCUCUGAUGAACUGAGGCUCUGGGUCCUUCUGUACAAACUCAUUAACACAGCCACAAGCCGUUCCUGCUGUCUAAGCAAGGGGAGGAGGUAUAACAUAAUAGCUCUCCUCCUCCCCUGCACAAUCCUCAGGCUGCCUAGCUAGGCGCAUUGCCAGCUUCAGCACUUGGACAGCGGCUGAAGUAUUUGCACCAAGCUGUGGCUUGAGAAAGGAGCAGCUGCCCCUCUCUCCCCCCAUGACUAUGGCCAGCAUCCAACAAGGGGAAAAGCAGCUCUUUGAGAAGUUUUGGGAAGGGACUUUUAAAGCUGUCGCCACUCCAAGAAGAGAGAGCGUUAUUGUUGCCAGUAUUACAGCUCGGAAGCCGAUUACAAGCAAUGACACCUACAGCUGCACACCCUGCCCAGAGAAAGAGAACAAAUGCAAACAGCAGAAUGGAAAUUUGGCCAACUAUGGUGAAAAAGAGAGGUUUGGAAGACAACACACACCACACCGUGCACAUAGCCACUCAGAAGAAGAUCUUAGCGUUUCCCCUCCGCCUAAAGCAAAGAAAAAGAAGAAGAAAUCUGAGCGCAAGAAGAGGAAAAGGUCUCACUCAUACAGCCCUUCUCCUGUGAAAAAGAAGAAGAAGAAGAGCUCUAAGAAACGAAAGAGAAACAGGUCUUCCUCCAAAAAAAGAAGGCAUGGCUCAUCCAGUCCAAAAAGUAAAAGAAGGCAAGAAAAAAAGCACAAAAAGCAGUCACGUGGUAGGCAACGGAAAUCCCAUCAUCAUCGCCAUCGACAUUCACGCUCAUCAAGCCUAGAAUACAGAUCUUCAAGCUGUGAAAACAGACUAUAUGACCUGUCAAAAGAUGAAAAGCAUCGAUCAAAAAGAAAGAGACACAGAUGUAGAAAUUCUACGUCCCUAAACAAGAAAGAGAGGGAAGGCAAAAAUCAGUACAGCCCGCUGUCAACAAAAAACAGGUGUUUUCACUCCACCAAUACUGAAAUUUCCCAAUCAGUUACAGGCCUUUUGGUCACAUCAGAGAAAGAUGUUUGUCAGAAGGAAGGUGGAAAUGAGUAUGACUCAGGGAACGAUACAUGCUCUCCUCCUUCAAUGCAAAUAAGCUCUUCACGGUUGAUGGUCAACCAAGAUAAAGAAAGCUUACCCCAUCAUGGGUUUCAGCAUGCCUCCACCUCUGGGAAAACCCCAAAUGGUCACAGCGACAAUAUCUCUGAUUCAGGCAAUUCAUCGGCCAGUUGUUUCUCUUUAAUGAAGGGUACAUUACUUCUCUUGGAAGACAGUCAGAAACAGAAAAAGAGAGUCCUCUCCUCUUGUCAGGGUUGCCUGGAGGAACAGAAAAUAUCAGAUCUGCUGCCAGACAGAAGCUCCCCAUAUAGUUAUCGAUCUCGGAGCUCAUCAUACAGCAACAGAAGGUCUCGUUCUCGCAGCUCUAGCCAUUCAGUAAGCUCCUACUACUCACGCCAUCGGUCUUCAUCAGGGAGAAAGUCAAGAAGCAGAUCUUGCUCGUCGGAGGCAAGGUCCUACUCAAAAUCUCGCAGCUAUUCUUCAACUUCAGGUAGAAAAAGCAAUGGAAGCAGAAGCUCACAGACUCGAAGGAGUCCAAGCUACUCUCGUUACAGCCCAAGCAGGGACCGUGAGAGAAGCAACAAGUAUGGUUCCACUGAGAAGACAAAGAAAGGAGUCCACAGGAGAAGACGCAGCUCCUACUCUCCUUUGAGAAAGCGUAGAAGAGAUUCCCCAAGCCACCUGGAAGCUCGAAGAAUCACCAGUGCUCGCAAACGGCCCAUCCCGUACUACAGGCCUAGCCCAUCUUCUAGCAGUGACAGCAGUACACCUUCUUGGUACAGCACCUGCAGCCGAUCCAGGAGCCGCAGCUUUUUCAGCCAUCGGAGCAGUAGAAGUCGAAGUCCUAGCAGUGGGAGGAGCAGAAGCACGGACUGGAGCAGAAGCUCUCGAGAGCACAGCCGAAGUCGAAGCCGAAGCUCAGACUCUUGCAACAGCACUAGACGCUAGGUGUUUCUGAGACUGCUCUCAAGCAGGUCUACUCAAUGAUUUCUAACAGAUAUCCAAGCCCUAACAAGCUAUUUUGGAGUCAAACAAUUAAUUGGAUUUUCCCUAUGCACAAAAGCAAAAAAAGAGAGAUGGUGACAUGGCCUUGACACUGCAAUGAGAAAAAGGCUAGCAGGAAAGCUGUGCAUGUGAGAGUAUCCUUGCUUUGGAGUUUGAUGCACCUACCUGUUGAGUUCAUAUGUUUUAUGUGAACAGUUAAGUGAUUAAGUCAAUGAAAUCCAUAUGGAUUUCCAUGUAAACUGUGCCUCCCCCUCAGAUAUCUUCAUGCCACAAAAGUAUUUUCUUCAGUAAUUUGCAGGCUUGCAUUAAACGCUUCUUAUUGUGGUACUCUUAGUUUAUGAUGAAGCAGUACUAUAAAUUAAAGCUGUCAUCUGACAUUUGGAAUAUAAUAAUAUAUAUAGUUAUAUAAAAUCUCCUGAGCCAAAAGAAUCAAAAGCAUCCUUGAAGAGGUUAAUUACGAUUCCAUCUCCAAGCAUAUUUCACUUGAAUGCAGCUAGAAUAAUGUUCUAUUUUUGUGGGAUGAACUUCCUAAUAACUGAGUGUAUUGACAGCCCAACAGCUGGUUGGUUCAACAUCUGAGCUAAUCCCACUGUUUCAAAGAUAAUAAUUACUCUUCUGACUGUGCUAAAUCAUUGAGAUGGGCUCUGAUCCAUACAAUGCAGACGUACAGUGUUAUGACACUCUUCUCAUUCGAUGCCCAUGAACCAUUAGCAAGUAAAUGGAAGACAAUUAUAAGGGUAACUGAAAUGAGUCGCAAUAGGAAAACAGAUGGUUGCGCUGUUAUUUAUUUGCUUAUUUAUUUUAUUUAUUAUUUUAAUACUUAAUUUAUAAAGUGGCAAAUACAUACUGUGUGAUGUUCUAAUACAAAUUUAACUUAUGUUUUUAUAGGAAACAAUAAUGAUAGACUGCUAUUUCCUAGGUGACAAAUAUAAAUGCUGGAAAAUAAGGAAAUAGUAAUUGGCAUGUUUCAGCUAUUAUUUAUUCAUUUUUUUAAGAAGAAAUAAAAAGCCCAUAUCUCACUGCACAGAAAACUAGUACAUGGAAUACAAGCUACUAAUGUGAUAUGUCUUAUUAUUGAUGAAGAACAUCAGCCUGUGUGUGGCUUGCUUGGCAGACGAGAUAAGGAAUGCACACUCAGCUUUUUUUUGCUUAAAUAUAUAAAUUAAAGCCAUUUUAAAUUUCACUACUUACCGUACUGCAACUUACAUUUGACCCUCAUUUUUGGGAGGCUUCACAACAUGACUUUACAUAGUUAUUCAAGUUUAAUGAAAGACACACAUACACAUGAAAGAGGCAGGUAUUCUUGGACAUGAUGGAUGAGCAGUACAGUGCUGUGGGGUGGAGGGUAACUAUAUGCAUAUGUCAUGCACCCCACGACUCAUGGUGGAUUUUCACAAAGUCUUGGACUGUAAGUUAAGAGGUGCUAGAUGUCACAGCAGCUAAGAAAAUAAAAUUAAUUAUAUUAUGUCUUGGAUAAGAUCACAAGGCUGGUUAGUGUUUGUGGGGUUAUAUCAAAAGAGAUAAAACCCUAAAUUAGUAAUGCAAAAAUAGGCAUCAUAAGCAAAACUAUCACAACAUUAUUCGCAUAUAUUAUAUAUAUACUUUACCUUGCCCUGAAUAUUCUCUUUAUAUGAGUGCCGUCAUAUGCUUAUAAAGCAUAUGACGGCACUCAUAUAAAGUCAUGAUUUUUCAUGAUAAAAAUUUGAUUAAUUCUAACUAAGAUCCCAAUACCAGCCCUGCUUAAUAUGUCCUUCUUUAUACGUUUUGCCUCUGAACCAUGAAUCAUACUUUUUGAACUAUAUUCAGGACUGUGUAUAAUUAUUCUCAUUUUAAAUUUGCCUUUAUAUUUUUUUGAAGAUAUUGGUUGUGAAAUGAAUUUCUUUUCAUAAAUGUAAAAUAACCAAAUCCUCAGUAGGAUGACAUUCCAGUUCAUUCAUCCGCUGCGAGCAAUGAGUUCACACUAUUUAAUCAGUUGUAUUCCAUGCUACUCCUACCUCUAAUUUUCUGUGGACUGACUGUGUGUCCUUGCUGUUGAAAAGCUGAACAUUUUCCUGGCUGCUACAAUGUUUUUUUGUGGUUUAUUUUAAUUCACUUGUUUGUCUUAUUUAAGUUAUUAUUUUUGUUUAUGAUAAUUUUUAUUGUUGAUAUUUAUAUUAAGGGACAGAUUUAUCAAAGG